AUGGGUUCCCUGAGAGGGGAAUAUCAUUUGAAUCCAGGAGACUUGUUUAUGGUGGUUGAUUGCGGCGGUGGAACGGUGGACUUGACGGUACGAGAAUUGCUGGAAGACGAUCAAUUAAGUGAGAUAACUGAACGUACAGGCGAUUGUUGUGGGUCAUGUUUUGUAGAUAAGGCGUACAUCGAAUUUCUUGGCAAUAAGAUGGGGGAAUCGGCCAUCGAUACUCUCAAGAGAGAUUAUUACCGUUACCUACAACAGAUGGUGCUGGAUUUUUGCAAAAACGUCAAAAUUCCAUUUACGGGAAGAGAAGAGGAUUUCAACCCUCCUGAAAUUGAUUUAGAAGAUUACGGAACAAUAAGACAAUAUGUUGACGAAGAGAAAAAGGAUAGUCUGGAAAAAGAUGAAUGGUUGAUUAAAUUCAGUUUUGAAGAUGUCAAACAUAUGUUUGACCCCGUUAUAGGAAGAAUUAUUAGACUAGUCAAGGAUCAAUUGGAACAGUUGGAACGGAGUGAAAAGGAAAUUUCUUUAAUUUUGUUGGUAGGUGGAUUCAGUGAAUCAAAGUACCUACAAAACAGAAUUAGAGAGGAAUUCUUAAGCGUGGUACCAAAUAUCUCGGUGCCUAUUCAUCCUAUUAUAGCUGUUAUGAAAGGAGCUGUAAGACUCGGCCUCUCGGAAGAAAUUGUAAAGAAUCGCGUGUUAAGAUGGACUUAUGGUACCGACGUGAUGAGAAAGUGGACUCCAACUGACCCCCCUUCACAAAGGCUUCCAAAUGGGUACAUAAAGGUGUUCGAGAAACUUGUUGAACGUGGUAAACAAGUCAGAUUAAACGAAUGCGUCAUGAAACGGUUUAAGCCACAUUCAUUAAGCCAAGAAAAAAUAAACAUGGAUAUGUAUAUUACAUCAUCCAAAGACUCAAAGUAUUUCAAUGACCCUGAAAUAAGAUUGCUUCGAAGAUGGGAGGUCAAGUUGGAUGAAAGUGAAAGGAAUGCUACAUUCUUGUUUACUUUUAAAUUUUGCCACGUGGGAAUAUCGGCUACUGCAAAGAAUGAGAAAACUGGUAAGACAAAGGCGAUGUCGUUUAGAUAUGACCUAGAAUAA